CUGAGAUCAUCUGAAGUAUCCGCCGAAAUGUGCCACGACGAGGUCAAAGCAAAUGGCUGGACCAGUGUGCCUGCUAAUGCUGGUGCCAUCUUCAAAGACCUAUCCUUUAUCGACAAGGUUGUUGCUAUGCAGCUCGAUGACAUCAAAUUUCCUUAUGAAGAUCCUAUCGUUGCAAUGACAUUGCAAUAUGCUAAGAUCGCUCUCCACCCAGAGACUUUCAACCACUCAAUGAGAGUGUACUACUUUGGGAUGGUCAUCAGCAAGCAGCAGUUCCCUGAGCAAGCAGCUUCCUUGAACCCAGCCACCUGGGCCCUAACCUGCCUGCUACACGACCUUGGUACCGCCGAACAAAACCUAACCGCCACUCGGAUGUCAUUCGACAUCUAUGGUGGAAUCAAAGCGCUGUCUACCCUAAAGAAAUUUGGUGCAACCUCAGAUCAGGCUGAGGCGGUUUCCGAGGCGAUCAUUCGCCAUGAGGAUAUGGGUGUGGAUGGAACCAUCACGUACUUUGGCCAGCUCAUCCAGCUGGCCACUACAUACGAUAACACCGGAGUUCAUCCUCAUGUUAAGGGCUUUGAGAAGCUUAUUCAUGACACAACUCGCGCACAGAUCAACGAGGCUCAUCCACGAAUGAAGUGGUGCAAAUUUUUCUCUACUGUUAUUCGCAAGGAAGAGGCGAUCAAGCCUUGGUGUCACUCCACGCACCUUGUUGAUUUCGACCGAGAGAUUGAAACAAACACGCUGAUGAGGCAAUGGGAGUAAGAUCGCCCUCGAACGAGCCUACCGCGAGUCGUGCUAUAGUAGUUUAAAG